CGGUGUGUGAGUGAGAGGCGGAGAGAGUGAAUGAGAGCUGGGCGCUGUGUGACGCCCCUCGCUCGCGCUCAGCUCUGCUGCAGUGACUCGGCGGAGGCAGAAUCGGUUUAUUACUCUUUCCCCCUCAGUCAGCUCAUACACUUUUGACAUCUGACAGUUUCCAGGACGGCCAUGACGUCUCGAAGGUGGUUUCAUCCCAACAUCACUGGGAUAGAGGCAGAACACCUGCUCCUGACACGGGGCGUCCAUGGCAGCUUUCUAGCAAGACCCAGCAAGAGCAAUCCAGGAGACUUCACUCUCUCUGUCAGGAGGAACGAUGAGGUCACCCAUAUUAAAAUCCAGAACUCGGGGGACUAUUAUGACCUGUACGGAGGGGAGAAGUUCGCCACGCUGGCUGAAUUGGUCCAGUACUACACCGAGCAGCACGACCUCCUGCGGGAACGCAAUGGAGAUGUUAUCGAGCUGAAAUACCCCCUCAACUGCAAAGACCCCACGUCUGAGAGGUGGUAUCAUGGACAUCUCUCAGGGAGAGAUGCUGAAAAGCUCCUGAUGGAGAAAGGUAAAUCCGGCAGCUUCCUGGUGAGAGAGAGCCAAAGUAAACCAGGAGACUUUGUGCUUUCUGUCCUCACUAAUGAAGAAAAGCAUGAAAACGUAGACCGCAAGACUAAAGUUACCCAUGUCAUGAUCCGUUAUCAGGAUGGAAAAUAUGAUGUAGGAGGAGGGGAGAGGUUUGACACUUUGGCAGAUUUAGUAGAGCAUUAUAAGAAAAACCCCAUGGUCGAGAAGAGUGGAAUUGUUGUACACCUUAAACAGCCUUUCAAUGCCACAAGGAUAAAUGCAGCAAACAUUGAAAACAGGGUACGAGAAUUAAAUAAAGUGGCGGACAACUCAGAGAAACCCAAGCAAGGCUUCUGGGAAGAAUUUGAGGUUUUACAGCAGCAAGAAUGUAAACUCCUUUACCCCAGGAAAGAGGGGCAGAGACCAGAAAAUAAAAACAAGAACAGAUAUAAGAACAUUCUACCAUUUGACACCACUCGAGUGCAAAUCAAGGAGGCGGAUGCAGACGUGCCAGGCUCCGAUUACAUCAAUGCUAACUAUAUCCGAAGCAUGAAUGAAGAAGGUCGACAUAUGGAUGAAGGUAAAGUGUUCAUCGCCACUCAGGGUUGCCUUCAGAACACCGUCCUAGACUUCUGGAAAAUGGUGUACCAGGAAAACACUCAUGUUAUUGUGAUGACAACCAAGGAGAUGGAGAGAGGACGGAAUAAGUGUGUGCGGUACUGGCCGGACUUAAAUUCAACAAAGGAGUUUGGGAAGAUGUGUGUGAAGAACAUUGAGGAACACACAGCUCAGGACUACAUACGGCGAGAGCUUGAAGUCACGCGUCUAGACAGGAGAGAGCCUCCUAGGUGUAUCUGGCACUAUCAGUACCUGAGCUGGCCCGAUCACGGUGUUCCCAAUGAACCUGGAGGAGUCUUGAGCUUCCUGGAGCAAGUCAACAGAACCCAGAGCGCUAUUCCAGAGAGUGGACCGAUAGUUGUUCACUGCAGUGCAGGGAUUGGAAGAACAGGCACAAUUAUUGUGAUUGACAUCCUUAUCGACAUCAUAAACAGACAAGGGUUGGAUUGUGACAUCGACAUCCCAAAGACCAUCCAGAGAGUUCGCCAGCAACGAUCCGGGAUGGUUCAGACCGAGGCCCAGUACAAGUUCAUCUACAUGGCUGUUCAGCAAUACAUUGACACGGCUCAGAAGAGACUGGAAGAGGAGCAGAGGAAUAAAACAAAGGAGAGAGAGUACUCUAACAUCAAGUACCCACAGAUGUCAAAUGCCAGAGCCAAGCCAAACAUGAGCUCGUCUCGCUCUUCAUCUGUAAUGAACGAUGACUCUGGUGUUUAUGAGAAUUUGAACAUCAAAAAUCCAAAGGGCUCCACCAGCAGCAAUACCAGGAGAUAAGCCAUGUGGGCUGCUUUCUCAGGGACUCUGGGAUUCCAGCAGAGGUACUGUGUAGAAGCACCUGAUUACAGCACUGGGGGGGUGGGGGCACCAGCA